AUGAGACUCAGACGGCUCGUCGGCCUACUCGCCGCAUCGUCGUCCCUCGUCGCAGCCGUAGACCUCACCGGCUAUGAGUUCAUUGUCGUCGGCUCCGGUGCCGGGGGCGGUGUCCUGGCCGCCCGCCUCGCCCUAGCCGGCCGCAAGACCCUCCUCAUCGAGGCCGGCGACGACCAGGGCGCCAACGAGAACUACACCGUCCCGGCCUACCAGGCAAAGUCAACCGAGGACGACGCCAUGGCCUGGGACUUCUUCGUCCGCCACUACGCCGACGAUGCGAGGCAGGCCCGCGACUUCAAGACGUCGUACGAGACGCCCGGCGGCGGCGAGUACACCGGCCUCAACCCACCGCCGGGCUCGAGGAUCAAGGGGACGCUGUAUCCUCGCACCGGCACCCUCGGGGGGUGUACCGCCCACAACGCGCUGAUCGCCGUGUAUCCUCACCGUUCCGACUUUGACUACAUCGCCCGCCUCACCGGUGACCAGUCGUGGUCGGCGGAUAACAUGCGUAGCUACUUCGUCCGCAUGGAGAACAACCGCUACCUGCUGCCCGGUGCCCCGGGCCACGGAUACAACGGCUGGUUCAGCACUGAGACGGCGCCACUGAACAUCGCCCUGCUAGACCCUCAGCUUCUCAGCCUGGUGACGGGGGGCGCUUUUGCUCUCGGGAACCAGACGAACCUGGUCUUCAACUUGGCCACUCUCACCGCCGGCGACGGCAACAGCGCGGCGACGGCCCGUGAUACUCGGCCGGGCUACUAUCAGAUCCCCAUCUCCUCUAGAGAUGCCAAGCGCGUCGGCUCGCGCGAGUUCAUCGUCGCCGUCCGCGACGCCAAGAACGCCAACGGCAGCAAGCGGUACCCCCUCGACGUCCGAAUGAACUGCCACGUCACCAAGGUCCUCUUCGACAAGUCGUCCCCGCCGAGGGCCACCGGCGUCGAGUUCCUCGACGGGAAGUACCUCUACCGCGCGAGCCCCCGCUCCCGCACCGCCGGCCCCGGCGUCCGCGGCACGGCGAAGGCGUCCCGCGAGGUCAUCGUCGCCGGCGGGGCCUACAACUCGCCGCAGCUCCUCAAGCUGAGCGGCAUCGGCCCAGCCGCCGAACUGCGUCGCUUCGGCAUUCCCGUCGUCAAGGACGCCCCCGGCGUCGGGACGAACCUGCAGGACCACUACGAGAUCACCGUUCAGGGCCGCGCGCCGGCCAACUUCAGCGCCCUCAACGGGUGCACCUUCGGCUUCUACGGCGCCAGCGACCCUUGCCUGACGCGCUGGCGGAACCCGAUCCUCGGCGACCGCGGCAUCUACGAGUCCUCCGGCUUCGCGGCCGCCAUGUUCUACAAGAGCACCGUCGCCGAGCGCAACGAGUGGGAUGUCUUCGCCUUUGGGGGCCCCGUGAACUUCCGCGGGUACUUCCCAGGUUACAGCGUCAACGCGACCAUCGAGCACGACUGGUUCAGUUGGGCGAUCCUCAAGUCGCAUCCCCGCAACACCGCGGGCUCCGUGACGCUGCGCUCGUCAAACCCGCUCGACGUGCCUAACAUCCAGUACAACUACUUCGAUACCGGCUCCGGCGACUUCAACGCCGAUCUGCAGGCCUUGGCAGAGACCGUCAAGGUCACUCGUGACGCCUUUGCCCGCCAGCUGGUGCCCAUCAGAGAGGAGUUGCCUGGUGCCGGCGUCAAGGGGGACGCUGCCGUGAAGCAGUACAUUAAGGACACUGCUUGGGGCCACCACGCUUCGUCUACGUGCCCUAUUGGUGCCGACAACGACCCGAUGGCCGUGUUGGAUUCGAGCUUUAGAGUGCGUGGUGUGGCUGGGCUGAGAGUCGUUGAUGCCUCCGUCUACCCUCGUAUUCCGGGCACCUUUACAGCCGUGUCAACAUACAUGGUUGGCGAGAAGGCUGCGGACGUGAUUCUGAGUCAGAACAGAUGA